UAGGUUAUGUUUUCCAUAUAAAAAAAAUCAUAAAAAUGUAAUUAUUAACUUAAAAUGAUCAUCUAAGUGGUUUUAAACCAAAUAUGACAACUUCUCCAACCAGGACCAAACAAAAAUUGUCUCUACGAAAGCGGUUAUUUGUUAAAAAAUCGCCAAAAGUUGGUUGCUAUGUUGAUACUGAUUCUAAUGAUGAAUUCAAUCAGUCAUCAUCACGUCCAAUGUCUCCAGCAGAUCCAUUCCUUGCACAAAGUGCUAACAAUAUUGAGACUAACGUAGACAAUUCGAAAAGUUGUAAAACAGCUGGCUGUGAACAAUCUUCUCCUGAAGCUCAUAUAAGCGCUGAUGAUCUCCAAAACGACGACGAAAAAAACUCGAAAUGUUGCAGGAAACUCUUUAGACGUUCCCGCCCAAAAAGUCUGGUCGAGGCUCAUACCCUAAAAGACGAGACACAUUCAAGACCAGAUAGUCCUGUUAAUAAUUCUAGCAAUAGUUUAAGUGACCAUACUCUAUCUUGUACUAAAAGUGAGGAGAUACCUAAAGCAACUGUGUGUUUUCCUAAAUGUGAUGAUUCAAAGAAAAGUUUUGAACAUUCAGGUUCAUUUGAGGGUAUUAAGCCUAAAAGUAAGUUAUUUGUAAAAAGGUUAUCAGCUGAUCACUUAAUAUCAAGUGAUACAAAACCAUUGUACCAUUCUUCUUCACCUGAAAGUGAUAGAAGCAGUUCAUUGGACCGUAAAAGGAGAGCCAAGUCAACAAUCACAAGGUCAUCACACACUGGAAGCACAGAUAGCUUGGCUCGUAAUUCAUUGCUUGCCGCACAAGUGCUACGUCUCAUACCAACACAAGAAGCAAAGCAAAGGAAUUAUUUAUAUGGAAGGUUAGCAUCCAAUUCACUUUUAGGCACAGCAGAAUUGGAGCAUGUGUUUCCAGAUCGAGAGGUAAAGAUUUUUGUUGGAACAUGGAAUAUGAAUGGGCAAUCACCACCAAGAGAACUUGCAGAUUUUAUAUUUCCGGAUGAAGUUAAGCAUGUGCCUGACAUUUUUGCAAUUGGAACACAAGAAUCAUAUUCAGAAAGGACUGAAUGGGAAAUUACAAUACAAGAGGUUUUGGGUCCAUCACAUUUGUUAUUACACUCUUAUUACUUAGGUACAAUACACUUGACAAUUUUUAUACGAAGAGACCUUAUAUGGUUCUGUUCGUUGCCUGAAGAUGCUAGUCUCUCUGUCCGUCCGGGAACAGCAUUUCGUACCAAGGGUGCUGUGGCUAUAUCGUUUGCGCUUUUUGGCUCCACUUUUCUCUUUGUAACCGCCCAUUUGACAGCCCAUCAGGAGAAAGUGAAAGAAAGGUUGUCAGACAUCAAAAGGAUUAUACGUUCGAUAGAUUUACCAAAGAAUUUGCCUUGUCGGCAUAGAAGUAAAGAUGUAACAAACAAUUUUGAUUAUGUAUUUUGGUGUGGGGACUUGAACUUCAGACUGGGGGAGCCGAGAGCUGCUGUUUUAAGAUGGAUCGAACAAACACAGUUUCCCCUCCCACCUCACUUACCCCACGGGCUAUUACACGCAGAUCAACUUACGGUCGUUUUGGAAGACGGAGCUGCCUUUAGAGACUUUAGAGAGGCACCAAUCAGAUUUCCGCCUACGUAUAAGUAUGAUCCGGGCAGUCAAAAGUUUGACACGUCAAGUAAGCAACGGGCACCGGCGUAUACUGACAGAAUUUUGUUCAAAGCAAAGUCUAUGACUGGAAAUUCGUCGGCUGGUUUUGCAGGUCUUCGACGGCUCAGUGCAAUGCCGGUUACAGCUAGUUUAAAAUGUAUAGCAUACAAUUCCGUUCAAUCAAUAUGCACCAGCGACCACAAACCCGUUUGGGGGCUGUUCUCCGCUGCGCUUAGACCUGGCACCGAUGUAGUGCCCUUAGCAGCUGGUCUUUUCAAUCGGGAAGUCUAUCUCGAGGGAAUCAAACGUCGACGAGCGCUUCUGGACCACGCCCCGGGUACUUCAGCAGUAUGUUCCAUACAGUGACAUUUCAUAGGAUAUUUUAUUAUUCCUUACUUUUAGUAUAAUUAUAGUGAAAUAAUUGACAUAUAUAUAUAUACAUAACCAACACAACUUAAUAGUUAAGAACUAUUAUUUUCAUUUUUUUUAAUGUGUCGUCGAAAGUACAGAAAUUGAGUUUUAACUGUGACUAUAUUUUUUUGCUUUGACAGAACUAAAAUAUGUUGCAAGAUCUAUAUUUUUAUACCAUAAAGACAAUGCAGUCUAUAAAUGACAAUAGACAAAAAAUAUUCAUUGAUUGAAUUACUAUAUUUAUCUAGUCAAGAUUCAGUUUUAACAGUAUUUUAUAAGUGUGAAAAAGUCAUUAGAGUAAUAUUUAUUACAACAAAUUAGGGCAAUGGACAUUUUAGUGUGUAACAGAGUAAUUUGCUUUUUGUUUAUGGUUCUUGAGCAAAAAGUUUUUAAUAGAUACAGAUUGUAUACGAUUCCAACCAUUAUAUGCAACACAAAUGUGAACUCUUACCCAUAACUUACCUCUGAAAAUGUCCAUUCUCUGUCCCGCCCGUUCAUUUGCAAUGAGAAAAGGAUAGAAAUAUCAGGUUACAUCAGUAUUAGUAAUAUUUUGCUUUAAUUGUAGGUUACUUUGCACUGAGUGUAUCGCACUUAAGUUUGCCCUUGGCAUUAGUAAGCUAGGUUGUGAUUUUUGUUGCUUACUUAAGUAAGUUGCACUUAUAUUGUUGUUAUUGCACGUCAUAAUUUUUCGUUGUUUAACUCGUCUUUCGCACAAUUGCGCUUCGUAUAAGAUAAGAUUGCGACAUAGCGGUACGUCUCACUCCCGUAUGUCAAAAAUAUGUUCGAUUUUGACAUACGGGAGUAAUGAUUCGUUCUAGGUUUUUUUUUAUUAGGUCCAUAUUCUAAUUCGUCAGAAUUUCGUCUCUAAGGGCUGCCGGCUCUUGAAACUAGACUUAAGUUCGAUUGAGUUCUAGUAUACGGGCCUUAUUAACUCUACAGAUGGAAUUCUGUUUUAUUUUAAAUAAAAAAAAAAACAUCGCAUAGCGGGUCUUUUUGUCCUGACAUCGUUAAAUACAUAUUCUAUAUCCAAUAUAUGUAUAGUUAAAUUUGAUUUAAAUUAGUAAAUUUACCCCUUAUAAUCAAAUCAUAUUUUUUGGCGCGUUUUGUAUAAUUGAAAA